GAGAGAGAGAGAGAGAGAGAGACUGAUCUUGCUGUAGGCGUUAUUGGUUUCGAUACUUAACGCGAACAGUAGACGUUUAUACAGUUUAUAAGUAAUUCGGAAAUCAGACACUUCUUAUCGGCGUUUGUUUGGACUUUCUCUAAAUUUCCCUCCCACUGCGAAAUUCAUAGCUCGAAGGGGAAAAGUUGCACACAGUUUGAAAGUGUUGAAGGCACAGCGGAAGUGAGCUCGGAGAAAGGGCGAGGGGAACAGAAGCCGCUCGUCUGUUGAGCUGUAGCUCUGUGUGAAAGCGCUGCUCGAGCCGCCGGAGUCCAGCAUGAGUGAAGACAGACCUGAGGUGGAGCUCUUCGUGAAGGCAGGAAGUGAUGGUCAGAGCAUUGGGAACUGCCCGUUCUCUCAGCGGCUCUUCAUGGUCCUGUGGCUGAAGGGCGUGACCUUUAAUGUAACCACCGUGGACAUGAAGAGGAAGCCAGACAUUCUUAAAGAUCUGGCUCCUGGGGCUCAGCCUCCUUUCCUGCUGUACGGCACAGAGGUGAAGACGGACACCAACAAGAUAGAAGAGUUCCUGGAGGAGAGCCUCUGCCCUCCUAAAUACCCACGGCUGGCAGCUCGCAAUCCUGAGUCUAACACCGCAGGUCUGGAUGUGUUCUCAAAGUUCUCCGCCUACAUUAAGAAUUCCAACCCGCAGAUGAACGACAAUCUGGAGAAGGGUUUGCUGAAGGCCCUGAAGAAGCUGGAUGACUACCUGAGCUCUCCUCUGCCAGACGAGAUCGACGAGAACAGUGAUGACGAUGUCACUUCCUCCUCCCGCCCCUUCCUGGAUGGUCAGGAGCUCACUCUGGCCGACUGCAACCUGCUGCCCAAGCUCCACAUCGUCAAAGUGGUGUGUCUGAAGUUUCGAGGUUUCUCCAUCCCUCGCUCGCUGACGUCUCUGUGGCGAUACCUGGACGCGGCGUAUGCCCGAGAGGAGUUCUCCUCCACCUGUCCCAGCGAUGAGGAGAUACACGUGGCCUACUCCUCCGUCGUGAAGGCACUCAAAUAGAAAGAAGAAGGAAACACACACACACACACACACACUCAUGUGCGUUAUUACCAGUUCUCUUUCCAGAUUGUCCUAGUGUUUCAAUUGUAUGUUCCUGAGGUUGUUUGUACUGGCUGAGGUCUUACUUUUCAACUAAACCUGGUCUAAAUCAUGCUGCCUUCACAUGCUCUCGGAAUUAUCGCAAAUACGAGUUUUCUAGAAAAAAAGUGUGCAUGUAUGCCAUUUGAUGUCAUGUUUACCAUUUAUUUUAAUACCCAAAUUUUCCACAAUGGACAGGCCUCAAACUUUAAACAUGGCGGAUGGGAGAAGGAUUUCUGCUGUGUAUGCUUUAUUAGCAGUUUUUCCCGCAACAGCUUCAUUGCCUUGACUUGUCAUUAAAGUAGUAGCUUAUUUGAAUAUGAAUAAUCCUUUCAAGCAUAUUGAACGUUUUAUACAUAGUGAAAAUAUCAUGCGUUUCACCAAUAUUACAAAAUAGAAUAGAAUAUCUAGACUAGAUAGUGCGGUAAAACUAUACACCUUAACUUUAAGGUCUACAUUAUGCCUUUGUUGUGAACGUGAUUAUAAACAGUGGCAUCCUCAAUUCUUUCCGACAAACAAAGCACCUGAACACAAGCUCGUAAUCACGACUUAAGAAGUGGGAAUGAUCAAAUUUCCAUCAGCACGUGAAGGCAGCAUUAGAGUUCAUAUUCCUUUAAAGCAGCUGAACUGCAAGGUCAAGGUCAUUUCUGCCGUUAUUCACAUCGGCAGCCAUACAUUACAAAAUAUCAUCAAAUGUUUCAAUUUACAGGCAGCAAUAGUGGCUGUUUUUCACUGCUUUAUGGACGAGUGCAUUGCUAGCAGUUACAAACAGGAUGUUGUUGCCUCAUUCCUCCCAUUACUGUCCCUCCCUCUCACUGUGUCAGAGUCUGUAAUGACAGCUUUUUGCUCAUGGCUGCUUUGGUCACGUACAUUUCAUAAACUUUUUUUUUUUUUUAAGCUGCUCUUUACAUUCCAUUGACUGAUAUGUUACAAAAUCAUGAAGGUAUCAUAAAAGUACCCCAAAAGAAUCAUGUGUAAAGGUUCAUACUUUAUGUGAGAAGUAAAAACUAAAAAUCCUUUCAAUCUGUUACUGGCCCCAAUCGACAGUCUCAUCUCGUAGCUAUAUGAUAUGAUGUAUGUGCAAAUUUGAGUCACUAGAAUAUUCUUCCGUCUCUAAUUAUGACUGUCAACGUCCACAUUGAAAACACUCUUAUUUAUUGUCUGGGGAGAGUUAUGAAAAACAUGCACAUUUGUUGUCUUCUGAAAAAGAGGAAACCAGUGACAGCAACAACUGCUAAGAUGACCUUACCAAAAUAUUUUAUAUACAGUAUCAUGCUUUAUCCCCAGUCCUCUCCCCGUGCAUUUCUGGUUUCAUUUCCUCUUAACCACUCAGUGGUCAUUUCCAAAUCUUACUCUGCACUCAAAUGGACAACACAACAUCAGUGCAAAUAUUGAUUAAUGAGGAUUUUAUUGAUUAGAGGGAUGUUACAACAAAGUCAGUUUCUUCCUGCAUUUUUAACAUUGUUAUUCAGCAAUACAGUUUAUAAUAAAGUUAAAAUAAAAUUCAAAUGAAA